AUGUCUUCUAGCUCUUCGAUCAACUCCUCUUCUAACCAGAUUUUACCGGAAGAUCGUCGCGAGUCUUCCGAACCGAGCUCUUGCUCUUCAAAUCCUCAUUCAACGAGCUCAUCCAACAAGGAGAGUAAUCCCCCGCAAUUGAUCCGUAAAAACUCUAGAUUGGUCGGCGCGAGCAGUAGCCGAUCUCGACCGCGAGUUGAAGCUACCGAACAGCUGGCUACAGAGACUCGCGAAACGGGAGCUCGAACUGGGCCGAACGUCGACGGUAUCGACCACGAGAUCGAGGAGAUCGAGGAACUUGAAGAGGAAAAUCCUGAGGAAGACGCUACCGAAGCAGGAGUCGCCGAGGAUAAUCUUGAAGCAGUGAAUCAUGCUUCACCACCGCUUCCAAAGCGAAGGGUCUUUCGCCCCAACAACGUGCCAUCUUCUUCCGUUACUCCGGGUGCUGUUCAGGCCGUGCUUGAAGAAAAUGGGCUCCCGGACCAAAUCGUUUUCAUAAUUCCAGAAGCUGGAGAUCGGCCGUGGGACGUCCCCGAAGGCUUCCUCUGUGUCUACUUGACAUAUUUUACGCAGUGCGGGCUCUCGCUUCCUAUCCCCUCUCGUCUUCUCGGAUACUGCAAUCGGCGUGGCGUAGCUCUCACACAGGUGAUGCCGGCCUCGAUAACGAACUAUGUAGGGUUCGUUACCUUGUGCGAUGAGCUCGGUGAAAUCCCCUCUAGUCGAUUGUUUGAGGAUCUCUUCUCGGUCAACAUCCACAAGUCUAAGGAGUGGUUCUUCGCAGCGAACGCCAAACCGAGGAAGAACAUCGUCACUGGGGCUAAACCCAGUAAAUUCAAUGACUGGGAAUCCCUGUACUUCUUCCUUGAGAUGAACGAUCUCACAGUCAGUAAUUCUGACAUCCCGACUCAAUCGGAGUGGAAGAUUCCGAUCGGUCGUCAUCUCCCGAGCAUUAUUCUCAACUCCGGACUCACAUCUGAGUUCGAAGCAGCUUUCAGCGAAGCCGGUAAACGUCGUUGGCCUGAACUGUGGGAAGAGAUUCUUCAGCGCCGAGCUUCUGUUCGAGAACCGAAACCGCGGAAACCAAAGGCUCGAGCUAACAAGCCCCGAGCCGCUCCAAGACGAAAGGCGCCUAAAUCGCGAGCCCAACAAACCCAAACUGCCAGGAUGCUCUCACUGGACGAGAUCGCAACCCUAUUUGAUGAAGAGGAGCCGAACGUCGCAGAUCCGACUCCUAUCCCUGCCAACGAAGGGACCAACGAGCAGCCUGAUGAACUGCCGCCUGUUGCGAACUCCCCUGACCUAGCUGGUCAGAAGAAGCUGAAGAAGAAGAAGUCUUCAAAGAAGAUUAAGAAGAUUGAAGACUCUUCUCGGGCGCAGGACGCUCCCGCUGAGCUCGAGGCACCAACGGCUGUGGCGUCAGACCUCGCUCUUUCUCAAGAUCGAGCUGAGGCUUCUCAUUCUCGAAAGAGACAAGCUGGAGACCGCGCCGAGGGUUCUCCAGAACCAGAGCCAGCGAAGAGGGCGAAGGUCUGCUUCGACUAUGAUGAGGAGACUCCUUUCGAGGAGAACAUCGAUGCCUGCGCCGAUCUCUACCAUAAGAUAUCUUCUCAGGUCCCGAGUCUCCCGGCAGUGGCUGAGCUCCGUUUCCCUAAUAUGUACAAGGGGAUCGCACGUACAACUGCCGUGCUCGCCAGUCAGACCAAUAAUUUGGUGGCGGCGUACGAAGUAGCUCUUUAUGACGAGCAAGUUAGGGUUGCUGAGCUCGAGGAGAGGGUCUCCAAAGCGGAAGAGCGUCUUGCCACCGAGCUCCAAAUCAAUGACACUCUCCACUCUUCGGUUGAUCUGCUAAAGCAAGAGAGUGCAGAGCUGAAGGCAGUGAGAAAAGAGCUGACCGAGGCCCAAAACAUGCUCGCCCAAGAGUUCGAGAAAGAUCAGGAGCGGCUGCGGGCCUUGGUGAACCACUGGAAGGGUCGAGCUAGGAUCGUUCACGCACAAGGUUUCUAUCGUUUAGAGAAGGUGAUCCGCAGCUUGGACGACGCCGAUCGAGCCCGCAAGCCCUACUUGGUGGUCAACCAGCUCACUAGAGUUCUCGGCUUCAUUAAGCAACUGAAGAAGAAAGGUUUGUACGAGGUCCCGCCAGAGAUGGUUGCCGACAUCGAGGCGAAGCAUGCUAAGGCGUUGGAAGACUUUCGUGCCAUCGAUGCUUGCGUUCUCACCGAGGAGGAUAAGCGAAUGUCUCCGUUCGCGGAAGAAGAUGAUGUUCCGGUGGCUGUGACCCAGAGCGCGCAAGAUCCUGCGAGAGGCGAGCAGUUUGGUUCGAACGAGGAUAUGCUCAACGCCGAUCGAGCUGCUACUUCAAAUACUGCUUAG